AUGCCUCGUCAUCUCCCAAGCCAGAGAACUCGCCAAUGUGAGGAGACUUCAGGUAGGUUGGCAUGUGACGUGCGGGGAAAGCAAGCGCCACUUCAUUGCAACAUCGAGCCUGUCACUGACGUUAGAUCUUCCAGGUAUUCGCGGAAUUUCUCGUGCCAAGGCAACAGUUCAGUAACCAUGUUAAUUAAUAUGAUCGCUCUCAAGAUUCGAGCCACAACCUUGGAGGAGAUCAAUUGUUGUCAGUUCCGGAAGCUUGUGCAAAGGUCGCGAAGCAUACACCAUACAGCCAGCAUGUGUACCCCACAGUACACUACAACCCAUUCACACGCCAAAAAGCCUGCCAGUGUCCAAAUUAUCGGCCUUGCACCUCAGGCCGACUAUCAUUGGCUGGUUAGCUAA